CAGGUGAAGGCCCUUAUGGUCUGACUGGUGGGGGGACACUGUUUCCCUUUGCACAGAAAACAUCCAGGGAACCCAGAAAACCCAGGUGGAUCAACUGAGGCUGAGAACACACCAUAUAUUUAAAACAUAUCCCCCACUACACCAAAGAAUCCUGGGAACCGUAACUUACUCUCACAAAACUACAAUUCCCAUCACCCCUAAACUACAGUUCCCACAGUUCUUGCUGGAGUGGGGGUGCUGCAAACGCGCUUUAAAUGUAUGGCAUAGACAACGACCUGAGUCACUCUAAGGGGGAGUGAGCGUUGAAUCAGAGGCUCUUCAGAGAGAUCCAACGCAGGUUUCCGAGUUCUGGUUCGACCUGUUUGCCAUACCACCCAACAAACAGAACCAGAGUUCGUUUUUCCCUUCGGGAUCCUGGAACUGUCGAGUUGGAACGGACACCCUAGAGGUCAUCUAGUCCAACUCCCCGUCAUGCGCCGGAUCUGGGCGCUAGGAAGGCAGGCGCUUCCAGCAGUUCCCUAGUCUCGGGGUGGGGGAGGGCGAGCAGCUGCAUGUAGCCCCCGCCCCCCCAAUUCCGACAGGCUCGGGUGGGGGCCCGGCCGCCCCGGUAUUGUUCGCCCUUCCCCGGGAUGCACUGCUUGCUCACACACACUUACCAGGGCUCCUCACUCGCGAGGAGACGGCAAUUCUUCAUUUACCGCGACUUCCCCCUCCCGCUCGAGCGAAGGAGGCCGCUUAGGCCCACCCGACCACCCGCUUCCAGUUCUUUCUCCUCAGGUGCCGCGUCCGACGUCGGGUCCCGCCUCCCCAAAGGCAAAAAAGCCUCGUCUGUUUCCUAUCGAGUGGGCGGCCCAGGGACUCCUCGGCAAAGUCCCCGCUUGCAGGCUUGCCUCCGAGUCCGAGCGAGGCCUUUCCUCUUUCCUCAACCCAGCUGGCCUCGUCCACCCACCUGCCAACGCACUGACUGACUGGGGAAACAAAAAAAUCGGGGGCUGACAGUUAAAGAGAGGCGUUUCCGUUGAAAGGAGCGCUCGCGCGCUCGCUUAGUCCAUUCUGCCCGCAGCCUUUCACGCACGCAUGCGCGGUGACGUCGGGACGCGGAAGUGGGCGAGGCCGUUUGGAAUUUUGGCGCGAGAGCGCAAACCGGGCGUUGAGGGGAUUCGCGCGCGCGCGCCGGGCAGGAAUACACACACCUGAGGGAAGGGAGGGGGUGGGAAAAGGGCUGCUUCAUCCGGGGACUCUCGGACGGACGGAACAAAGCGAUUCCCUCGCUCGCACGUACGCGAGAGCCCUUGCUCUCCGGGGCUCCGAGGAAAUUUAAAAUUAUAAAGAAGAAGGAGAAGAGAGGUAAGGCGCCGGUGCUUUUGCGUUUCCUCAGUGGCAGGAGCGGGUGUGGCGGUGAUGUCGCCGACUAGGAGCAGGGGAAAGGGGGGGCGCCCCCCGCACCUGAGGUGAAUUUCGGGGGAAGGCAGAGGCGGUGGCUGAGGGAACAGGGCCCUUCUCCGUGGAGGAGGGCGAGGCUGCCGGUGGUGGCUAUCUAUCACGGUUAGAAUGAUUAAACGUCGUAUUGAUUUCUAUCCCGCCUUUUCCCCUGACAGGGACUCGAGGCGGCUUACAGAGGGAAUAGGAAGCGGCCGAAACGUAGGUUGAGGUGGGGGGAGGGAGGGAACGACGAUUAAAAAGCAAGUAAAAACAUGGAUAGAGCCGUGUUUCUGAUAGGUCUGAGGGAAAGGAAGCUGAGGCAGGGGUCGAAAGGGGCUUAUUCUAGCCAGGGUCACACUUGCAAGAUGUUAUAGGGCCUGGCGGGGGGUGGGGAGGUUGUGCCCAAGGCUUCGUGGAAAGUGUGAGGUAUUUGAGGGCGUCCUGGGAGGCGGUCCCAAGCAUAAGGCGGGUCGGAGGCAGCAGGGUUUCUGAAUGCCAGUUGAUGGGAAUCACAAAAUGCUCUAAUCCUGCUCCUCGCGGGGUUUUCCCCACAGGCAUUGGGUGGCCACUGGGAAGAUAGGAUGUGCAUUAGAUGGGCCAUUGGCCUGAUCCAGCAUGGCUCUUCUUGUGUUUCUAUAAGGAGCAGGAGAACUUUAGAGGGCUGAGAGUGAUGGAGCUGGAGGGGCGAGGAUGUCUCUUCCACAGCUGACAUAACUCAAGCCCAGUUGUGGGGGACAGCUGGGCUCCUCUUUUAGUGGUGGUGUUGGUAAAAUCAGAACAAGGCAAAUUCCUGGGGGAAUUCUCUAGUUGUCAUUUUAAUCCUACUCUUUUCUCAAGGAGUUCAGAGUACAUAGCUCUUCUUCUUUCUCCUUUCCAUACUGUUUUAUUCUUGCCACAGCCCUGUAAGAGAGUUCAGGCUCAAAGACUGGCCUGAGAUCACCCAGUGAACUUUGUGUGGAUUUGAGCCUGGCUGCAGGGGCUCUUAAGUCAGAUGUGAUGUGGACGCCAUAUAGGCAUCUGGUAGCUAAAUGGAACCUCCAUUUUUAGAGGCAGUGUACCUGUGAGUACCAUGUGUUUCUAGAGAAAAACAGGAAACGGCCAUCACCCUCAUGACAAGGUUGUGACCUGGCUGCCUGGUGUUGGAAACAGAAUAUUUGUUCUCAUCUGUUUGGCCUCCUGUUGUGUUAUUACCAUCUCUGGUUGCACACACCCGGGACUGAGGUAAGGACAGCCCAAUUGUAUCAUCAUCAUCAUCAUCAGUCUACCUAAGGAAAGAGAAAAAAACCCACACAUGCUCUGCUAAAGGGUUAGAAAUAUAGCAAUAUUUUUAUGUAAUGCCCUAUUUAUUUUGAAGAUGCACAGGGCAGUCUUAAUUUUAAAAUCUUUGUGUUCAGUAUGGCUUCCUCAAAGGAAAUUGUGUAUAGGUUUGUAUCCAAAUGCUCUGCUGUUCACAUAGACAUUUAAGCAGCUUAUGAUAAUGUAAAUAUGAAUUCCUUGUUUGAAUCGAUACUUUGAAACUCUUCAUAUCUUCCUGUUAGUGCUCCACUUAGUGUUUUUUUCUUUGUGACUCUGCUGACUGCUUUGUUUGUUUUCCUUUGAGUGCCUCUAAAGAUUCUGAUCCCAGACUUGUCAGUUUCAUCUGACUGUCACAUGAUUUAUCAGGACUCACUAAGGCCAUUACAAACUCCAUCACAAUUACUGAUGGUUCCAGGACAGUUGGAGUAGAUGGAUGAAAGGCAUCUUAACCUAAAAUGCGUCCCAAAUGGCCAGAGCCUGGAGACAGCAGCCCACAGGGCAUUGAUCUUCUAAGAUGGAAUUCUAGGAACUGAUUGGGAGGCAUGAGUUAUUGAAGCCUCUGCCUGAUAGACAGAACCUUAAAAUGGGUGGUUGUUUUUGUUUUUGCAAAAGACAAAAAUAAACACGUCCCUUCCUGCUGUGAAUACAAGCUACGAAGGUACAUAAAGAUACAGCUCUGGGCUUGUGGUCCCAGAACUGGAAUGUAAAAAUGAAUAGUGGGAGUUAGAAUGCUUUUCAGGUUCCAGGGCUUCUGAACAUCAUUGUUGCAUACAGUGAAAUACUGUAUUAAAAUUGAAUGUAUCCUCCUGUUCUUGCAGUUUAUCCUUUGGGCUAUGCAUGUGGGGAGGCUUCUUUCCCCAUCACUUGAGACUCUACUAUCAGUCUCUUCAGGUCAGCAAACUGAAAAUAUUUACCUUUUUCUUGGUUAGUGAAUUUUAAAUGUGCCUUAGCAGCCCAACACAAAAGACUCGCUGACUGCAACUUUGAAUCAUUGAGGAAAUGAUAAUGUAAUUUCAAUAACUAUGCAUUCUGCUUUCAGACAUGCCACUACCUCUUGACUAUGGAGGGGCUGAGUCCCAGAUGAGUCACACUCCUCUUCCAGUGCCUGCCUUCUUCCGGGAAGCAGAAAGCAGUUUUUCAGCCAAGAGAGCUCGUAAGCCACUCAGCUAUACCCUCCCACCACGCCCACGCCACAAGAGCUCACUCACUGUGAGCAGGAUUUUCUCUGACCGCCGGCAGCAACCGUGGACCAAGCUCCAGCCACACAGUGUUUCCUUCCAUGGCGCACAGAGGAAACAGACACCCCUGCGUAGUCACCUGUAUGAUGCUUCCAAAAGAGAGCUGUUUUUCAGGCAGUGUUUCCAGCAGCUAAGCCGUCUUGGCAGAGGGUCUUUUGGUGAAGUGUACAAGGUAAGGCAGUAGCAGACAGGCUACUAAUCUCUUGGGACACAUCUACACUAGCCAUUUAAAAUACAUUUCUUCCCCAAAAUAUUCCCGUGAACUAUAGUUUAUUAAGCGUACUGUGAAAUGCGGCUCUGUGAGAUGAGUUCCAGUUCCCAGAAUUCUUUAUGGGAAGCCAUGCUCUUUAAAUAUAAGGUAUGGACACAGUCUGUGUGGAAGAAAUGAAUUCACGCAAGGCAUAAUUAAGAUUCCUCCCCCUCACAGUUUGUGGUGGUGACCACUGGUUAGAUGGCUUUGAAAAUGAAUUAGACAAAUACAUGGAAGAUCUGCCUAUGAGUGGAUUACAUUAAAAUGAGACUUCCAUGUUCAGAGGUGGUGACUGUGGCAGGGGGCUGUUGCCACCAUGCCCUGCUUGUGGGCUUCCAGGAGGAAUCUGGCAGGCCAUACUGUAGGAAGUGGGGUGCUGACUACAAUGCAUUGUCUUAAAUACACAGCCCCACACUGCGGGUGCCUCCAGAUUUUGGGAGAAGGAUUUAAGUGCAUGCUACAACAUUAGGUUUGUGCAGUUAAAGGGCUCUGUCCCCUUAGUGCAACAAAUCAACUUUAAAAAAGAAGCAUGCUUUUUGCAAUUUGGAAAGUGAUGGGAGAAUGCAUUGAAGAGUGCAGGAUGAACAAAUGACUAACAGAAUGAUUUAUAAACACCCCACAAGUAAAUCAGGAUGAAUGCAGAACGAAUGCUAAUUGUGCAGGCUUUGUUCUUAUUUCUUUGCUGGGUGAUUUUAUGACAAGGUGACAUGAAUAUAAUUUCUCAUCACAGAAUCUGGAUGUUCUUGGCAAGCUUACCACUCACAGUUCCUGAACACCCCUUGUGCUGGGAGUUCUUGCAUGGAAGGGCCAGGAUCCUCUUCAGUCUACAGGAUGUAAUAACUUGUUUCAUCUUCCCUACAGGUGCGCUGUAGGGAAGAUGGACAGCUAUAUGCUGUGAAGCGUUCUGUGGAGCCAUUCCGUGGUGAGAGUGAUAGGCAGCGCAAACUGGCUGAGGUGCGCAAGCACGAGCGCGUGGGGCACCAUCCCAACUGUGUGAGCUUCGUACAGGCCUGGGAAGAGCGUGGGCAGCUCUACAUACAGACGGAGUUGUGCCCAAACAACCUGUUGCAGUAUUGUGAGGAGUAUGGGCCACUGCCCGAAUGGCAAGUGCGAGCGUUCCUCUGGGACUUACUGCAGGGACUGCGUCACUUACACGACCGCAACCUUUUACACAUGGAUGUCAAGCCAGCUAACAUCUUCCUCUCGUCCAGCAAUGUCUGCAAGCUAGGUGAUUUUGGGCUUAUGCUGGAGUUGGACUCUAGGGAUCUGAAUGAUGCUCAAGAAGGCGAUCCCCGCUACAUGGCACCUGAGCUGCUCCGUGGGGAAUACACCAAGGCUGCUGACAUCUUCAGGUGUGGGAUGAGAUGGGAAGUAGGGAUGCUAAUAUUUCCAGUGCCUGAGAUAGCCAGCAGCUUCACAGUUGUGGCUUUUGCUCCCCUGCCUCAAAAUUUAACUUGUUGCGGGGUUCAAAUUAGCACUACAGAUAAGCAAUGUUGUGCUGCUCCUGUUACUUCAUCUGUGUGCUUCUGUCCUUCCAGCCUAGGCAUAACCAUCUUAGAGAUUGCUUGCAAUAUGGAGCUUCCUAAUGGAGGUGAAGGUUGGCAACAACUGAGACAGGGCUAUAUGCCCCCUGAGUUCACUGCAGGUGAGCAGAAACAAAGGGAACAUUUCUGCAUGCAGCACUUGCAUAUGCCAACUCAACCGCUAAUCCUCAUGGAAGGAGGCAAAGUGGCUGUCAAAACUAGGAGGGUCUGGGGAAAGAGCUGGUGGCAUGUGAAAUUCAAUAUAUUGCAGAAAGCAAAGUAAGCAGUGGAAUAUUCUUGCCCUUCCCAGAUCUCUCUGCUGAGCUGCGGACUCUCCUAGUUGCCAUGUUGGAACCCAACCAUCUGCUCCGGCCCUCGGUGGAGACGCUGCUUGGUUCCAGCCUCAUGCAGAAGACAGGGAGGUGGCGGAAGCUGAUGCUGCUGGCACAGUCUGGGAUCCAGCAAGGAGUUUCCAUGUGCAAGGUGAUCAAGGCCCUGGCCAGAGAUCCUCACAAUGCUAAUCUGCAGUGCUCCUUGAGCGCACUCUCCACAGCAUUACCAAAUCAUCUUCCUAGAACUAUGCCACUGCUUUGCGCCCCUUUUUUGUUGUUCUGGACAAAGGCAUCCUUAUCAGAAAACAGCCUAUCAGUUAUUUAUGGGUGAAUCACACUGAGCUAGUUCCAUGUGUUGCUCAGCCUAAAUGCCUUUGGGGCGGGGUUUGCCGGCCUAGUUGAGGGUGUGUCUUUGUUUUGUGAUGUUUUAUGUACCCAGUUGCAAGAGCAGCACUGACUGACAGCAAAGGGCUGGAGACCUUUUCUGGUGCCCUAGCCUCCAGUUUGCAGUAGGGAGAGUAUCUACAGUGGUGCCUCACAAGACGAAAUUAAUUCGUUCCGCGAGUUUUGUCGUCUUGCGAUUUUUUUCGUCUUGCGAAGCACGGUGUCGGGAAAGUUUUGGAAAAGCUUCAAAAAUCACCAAAGUCUUUAAAAACCUCAAAACAGGCUACCACACCACGUUCUAUGAGUUGCUCCUCGAAGUCAAGUCGCAACUGUAUUAACAGUGUUAAGAAAAAGGAAACAAACUUGCAAGAUGUUUCCAUCUUGUGAAGCAAGCCCAUAGGGAAAAUCGUCUUGCGAAGCAGCUCAAAAAACAAAAAACCCUUUCGUCUAGCGAGUUUUUUGUCUUGCGAGGCAUUCGUCUUGCGAGGUACCACUGUAUUGCCAGAUUUGGGAAGUGCCUCAUGCCAGCAUGCUGUGCCCCAUCAAUUGCUUUGUUACGGUGUUUCCAUGCGCUCUGGCACUCACCAUGGUAUUCCAUUGCGCCAGAAGCGGUUUAGUCAUGCUGGCCACAUGACCCUGAAAGCUGUCUGUGGACAAACGCCAGCUCCCUUGGCCUGAAAAGUGAGAGGAGCCGGCGUGAUGUAGUGGUUAAGAGCGGUUGACUCAUAAUCUGGUGAACCAGGUUUGCUUCCCCACUUCUCCACAUGCAGCUGCUGGGUGACCUUAGGCUAGUCACACUUCUCUGAAGUCUCUCAGCCUCACUCACCUCACAGAGUGUUUGUUGUGGGGGAUGAAGGGAAAGGAGAUUGUUAGCCAUUUUAAGACUCCUUAAGGGGAGUGAAAGGCGGGAUAUCAAGUCCAAACUCUUCUUCACCCCAUAGUCACCUUUGAAUGGACUUAACCGUCCAGGAGUCCUUUACCUUUAUCUUAAUGCCAGCAUGUUAUUACUCCAUCGAUUGCUUUCUAAAUGUGUGAAUUCUCCCCAUCUGUUUAUUUCAGAUCCUCUUCAGAUUCAUGCAGUGGCUCUGGGGGUCUGUGAGCAGCCCGGUUCACUGGCUACUGUUUUGGCAUCGGAAUAUUCCAGUCACCCCCCCAAAUUCGCCCCUUGUCCUUCCCCCAGAAGACAGCAGCCUCUCUAGUGGUUGGGGUGAGGAGGAAGAGGAUGCCGAAGAGAGCCUUGGUGAGGAUGUCUUUGAACUAACGGAGACAGUUGGGCGACAUAACCACACUUGCCCUGAGCUGCAGUCUUCUGACAAGUAAGUAGAAGAAGAAGAUAGGACCGCUCCUACUUUCAGACAGUAACAGGUUGGAAGUAGAGAGUACAUGUGCGCAAGGUGCCCCCCAUCAGAGAAAACAGUGUGGUAGACCAAUCCAGAUGUCUGAAGCAAGUGAUUUGUCUGUCUGUCUGGGAAGGCUAAUAGACAUCCACUCAAAUAUCCAGGAUUGCUAGCCAGUCUGACCUGGGCCAGGGAGGGCUCAAUGAGUUAGAUCUGUAAUGUGAAGCAAAUUCCAUUCACUAUUCUCUUGAGAAAAUGUUUGUUUUGGGGUUUUUUAAAUCUAAAUUUAGUUUGUUACACCGUGCCAAUCCCUCUGAUGUUCUGUAGCGCAAUCAUGUCCUCCCCAUCAGCCUUUUUUUUAAAGCUAAACUAAACAGGCCAAACUCUCAAUCUCCUUUCCUAAAAUAAUGAACAUCCCCGAAUCCUUCAGGUGCUUUUCUUUGCACCAGCUUCUGCAUAAAGCUCACCUUAUCAACGGCAGGUGGCCAAGAAUGACACUAUUUUUUCUAUUAAGCAUGGGAAGAAUGGUUCCUGUUAUGCAUGUAGAGAGAAAACAAGUCUCCAGCCUCUAAAAGGUAGGAGAGCAAGUGGCUGUCCAGCUUCCCUUCUGAAUGUGAGCUGCGGCAGGUCAUCUGUUCAAGCACAUGUGCGCUCUCUUUCACUACAGGAAGCUAGUCUGGAUUCCCCACUACCACCUCUGUCACACAUCUGAAUUCUGUUUGACUCCUACUAGCCUGAUGAUAUUAAAAUGAAUGCUUGAAAGCAUAGGUAACUUCAGAUUGCUGCUUCUCUUCCAGACAACCUGGUUCUCCUCUGCUGAGCAUCUGCCCUUGUGUAGGAAACACCUCCACGCCACGGCACCCCUCACCCCAGCAAACUGGUGGCAGGAAGACCAGGUGAGCUGAUGGUCAAGGGGUAGCUGUAGGGGAGGCAACAGCAGAGCUGCUUGAGGUUUUCCGACAACUCCUUGUGGUCCCUUGCAAUUCUUUGAUUCUGCAUGUAAGCGGAGGGUUCAGAGAAAUGUGCAGACUUGUUAAUGUCUUUUAGCUGUUAAUAACUUUUAGCUUCUCAAAAGAUAUCUUCCCCCUUUGGCACUGUAGAGGGCGCAAUGGUUUGAACCAUGCAUAUUUAUCGGAAUAUUUUGCUGCGAAGUUGUGAUCUAGAGUAUGUUGUCUUUCCCAGUGCUGAACUAUAUCUCAGAUAGGAGGUCCUGACGCAGCACCCAACACCUUAUUUUUAUCACCUGUCUUUUUCUGUUUGGUCACCCACAGGUCUUUGGUACUCCAAGGCAGCCCUAACCUCAGCCACAUCAGCCCAGAGUCCCCCAAUAGCAGACACGCCACACCAGGCUCUCUGAAUGCGAACAGCUUGCGUCGCACACUAGCUUUUGAAGAUGAGGAUGAAUGGGAGUCACUUGUUCCCCAGUGCUCAAAGCAGUGCUCUACUUUUGAGCCAAAAAACUUGCUGAGCUUGUUUGAAGACUCCAUGGCAUCUGAGCAGAAGUGCCAGAGCUGAGAGGAACUUCUUUUCUUUACUUACUGGCUUGCAUAGGCCCUUACUGGGUGAAGGGAGGAAACCCCUCCCAUUGAUAUUGCACACUUGGCCAGUAUGCUCAGUGGGGCUGGGCUGUGACAUAGAGCUAAGUUUAGCAAAAGGGAGGCAGGAUUUCUAGGGUUGCUUCCCUGUGCGUAACUUCUCUGCUUGAGCCCUCUGAUGAUGAUGCUUUUGAGAUGCAUAUUCUUGUAUUCCAAAAUUUAGACUGGUAUCUGCUGGCAGGCAGUAGAAAAUAGGGUGUAUUGUCAGAGGUCACUUGAGGGGAAAAUUGUUUUAUAUGGGGAAUGAGGGUGGAAUCUAUAUUUUCUUUUAAAGUUUUGUCUUCUAAUAUUUGUGUGCUAGGAAUGUGUUGCCAUUUGUGGGAACUGGCAUGGGGAAUGGGGAAUAUAAACUCCCUUUCAUACUAGGGUUUUGCAAAGGUGGCAGCUGUAAGACUUGACAAUAAAAGCAUUUUCAACUUUCCCUUGAAUUUUGUGUUUUUUUGUGACUUGAA